CUCUCUGAUGGGUGUAUUUCACCCAUGACCGGUCAAAGAUCCGAACCAGAAAAUCGACCGGUCAGUAAAGUCGAGCUCGAAAGGAAGUGAUGAAUCGUCAGAGGAUUGACCUAAAACUUUGACCGGUAUACUUCGAGUAGUAUACCGGUCAAACUCGCCUAUGGUCUAAAUCCAUCCUUCGAAGUUGGCCCAAACCCACAAGAACCAACCGGUGCAGUUUUUUGGGAGUGUCGGCAGGAGGAAUUCAAAAAGGAUUUGGACUAUAGUGGUUGGAAUUGAAGAGAUGCUGGAGGAACAUUUCCAAGCCAGAACACGACAAAGGACGAGGGCCUCGCGUCAAGAGGAGGAAGCAGAAAGCCAGCCCAGGGUACCGGUGGCUAACCGGUUGACCGUCCCCAACGACCGCGUCCAGCAGAUGGAGGCAAAGUUAGAGAGGCUGGAAAAGAAAGUCGGGGAGAAGAGUGACCGGGACAAACCUCUCGCGGGCUCCCCGUUCACCGCAAGGGUCCAUCUGACACCUUUCCCGCGAAAGGUUAAGAUAGACGCCCCAAGGUUCACCGGUAAGGAGGACCCAGAAAUCCACCUGGACUCCUUCAAUCAGAGUGCAACCAUGAACGGUUGCACAGAUGAAGAAAAGUGCCUCCUUUUCUUCCAGACCUUGCGGAAUCGAGCCACUGAAUGGUUCAACAAACUUCGCCCGGGAAGUAUUGACUCGUUCAGUGACUUGGCCUCAAAAUUCAAGGCCAAGUUCCAGGAGAACUGUACCAAGAGGAAGAAGUUCACCUAUCUUAGUACGGCCGGGCAGAGGGAAUCUGAGAACCUCACCCAAUUCCUUACCCGAUGGAAGGAAGAGGUAGACAAGGUGGAAGAGAUGGAUGACAAAACCGUGUUGUCCCUUCUUUUGAAUGGCUUACGUGCCGGGGAGCUAUACAAGGAGUUCUGCCGAAAACCCCCGGCCACGUAUCAGGAGGCCUACCACACUGCAUGGGAGUUUGCUGAGGCUGAAACUCAACUCCGGACGAAGAAAGAAGCUGAGCAUGAUUAUAAGCCCAAGCCGGUGCAGGUCAAGAAGGAAGAAGCGCCGGGACCCAGCCGGCCGAGGCACCACUAUGACCCGGUAGUCCGAGUGGUCAACACAGAAGAGUGCCAGGAGGUAAGGAAAGCACCGGCUCCUUACCCGGUCAACCCUCCGGAAAAUCCUACCGGUCAAGUAGGACGGCAGUGGUCGGGCACCUAUUGUUCAUACCACAGGUCAGAUUCCCAUAGCACUUCCGAAUGCAAGAGUGUUAAGGGGGUAAUCCGGCAGAUGAUAGACAGCGGAGAACUGGGCAAGGACUAUCUGCAGAAAGCCCAGGAGAAGAAUCAUCAAUGGGUAAGGCCAGCGACCCAGGAAAAUGACCGGGACAAUGACCGGCGGAGGAACAACCGGCAAAGGGAGCAACAACCAGCCCCUGAAAAGGAACACAUCGGCAUGAUCUUCGGCGGACCUGAGGGUGGAGACUCAGCCGCGCAACGGAAGAACUGGGUCCGGAGCAUUUACGUUGGUGAAGUAAGCGCUGAACCGCCCAGGCGUAAACAUGUUAGGAGGGAGCCGAUCGUCUUCACUAACCGGGAUCUCCCUCCUAUCGGUGAAGAUCACAACGAUCCAUUGGUCAUCACCAUGGACAUUAAUGGGGUGGAUGUCGCCCGGGUACUUGUUGACACCGGCAGCAGUGUCAACAUCCUCUACCUGGAGACCUUCCAGAAACUCAGGUUGUGUCGGACACAACUUGAACCCCUCAAAACCCCUCUCUCAGGCUUCACGGGAGAUACGGUGGAAGCUGAAGGGUCCAUAGUUCUACCGGUCGAACUAGGUUCGGGCAAAAAGACCGUGUGGAAAAAGAUGCGAUUUAUUGUGGUGGACAUCAAAUGCGUCCACAACGCCAUCCUUGGGAGGCCGGGCAUCAAUAAGGUCGGGGUGGUAAUUUCCAUGCCUCACCUGUGCAUGAAGUUCCACACUUCAAGCGGUGUGGGUGAGGUGAAAGGCGACCAGAGGAACGCCCGGGAGUGCUAUGCCCAGGCGGUUAAAAAGAUGACUAAGGGGGUCAACGUCAUCUCCCAAGAAAUCACCAAGGGAGAGACCCGGGAGAAAUUGGAGCCCGAGGCUGAGACGGUGGAAAUCGAACUUCACCCGGGUGAUUCUUCAAGGAUGGUCAGAAUCGGAGCCAACCUCCCGGAAGAUCUCAAGGCAGAGAUUACACGGGUGCUCCAAGAGUACGCGGGCAUAUUUGCAUGGAGCGUGGCAGAUAUGCCCGGAAUUGACCGCUCAAUCAUCUGUCACCGGUUGGCAGUAAGGGAGGGAAGUCGACCGGUACGCCAGAAGAAAAGGUACCUGGCCAGCGACCGGCGAGACUUCGUCAAGAAGGAGGUGAAGGACCUCCUUAGUGUUGCACUAAACGGAGCAGAAAGUAGGUACACGGCGAUGGAAAAAACAGCCUACGCGCUUUUCAUCUCCGCAAAAAAGUUAACAUCCUACUUCCAAGCUCACCCGGUAGAAGUCUUGACUGAUCAACCGCUGGGUGCAGUGUUGCGAAAUUCGACAUCUUCCGGGAGGAUGGUGAAAUGGGCGAUGAUGUUAACUCAAUUCAACAUUGAGUACCGGCCAAGGUCGGCAAUCAAGGGGCAAGCCCUUGCGGACUUCCUUGUAGAGAUGACCGGUAUAACUUCAGAUGAACCGGUCAACAAACCCACCGAGCAAUGGUGGGAGAUGGCGGUAGAUGGGGCAUCUGGCCCUAGAGGAUACGGGGGUGGAGUCGUGUUUACCACCCCAGAAGGGUUCAAGAUCUACCAUGCAAUCGUCUUCAACUUCAAAUUAACGAAUAAUGAAGCCGAAUAUGAAGCUCUGGCAGGAGGGCUCAAACUUGCCCAAGCUCUGAAGAUCAACCGGUACAAGGACCUAAUACUUGCCUUGUUGAAAGGCUUCGAGGAAUUCAAAAUUGCCCAAAUCCCCCGGGCGGAGAAUGCGGAUGCAGACCUUCUCUCAAAGUUGACGCAAUAUGCCCCCGAGCAUGUUUCAAAACUUGCCCGGGUAGAAAUUCUUGAUCAUGCCAGCAUUGAAAAAUUGGAAGUAGCCGCCAUAACGGAAGCUGGCCAACCUGACCGGUCAAACUUGAUCGGGGCGGAUGACAACUGGAUAUAUGAUCUGAUGGAAUACUUGAUGGAUGGGACCUUGCCAGAACAGGAUGACCGGGCGAGAAAAGUGAAGCUCAGGGCACCCCGGUUCCAAGUCCUUGAUGGGAAGCUGUACAAAAGGGCAUUCGGGGGGCCACUCCUGAGGUGCCUAACCAACCGGGAAGCUGAGCGAGUCAUAGCAGAAGUUCACGAAGGUGUAUGCGCGGCGCAUCAAAUGUCGCGCACCCUUUCCCAGCGCAUCAUCUUGUUGGGGUAUUACUGGCCAACAAUUGUCCAAGACUGUGAGAGGAGGGCUCACGGGGAAACUCCAUUUUCCCUAACCUAUGGGUGUGAAGCGAGGCUGCCCAUCGAAGCUGAAUUCCCGACAUUUCAGGAAUCAAAUUAUCAACCCCAGCAAAAUGAAGAAGAUCACUUGGCCGAACUCAAUUUGGUCGAAGAACGGAGAAUGGCUGCGGAAGUUAAAAUGAGCACAUAUCAACAGGUCGUAAAAAAAUACCACGACAACAAGGUUGGACCACGAUACUUUCAAGUCGGUGAUGAAGUUCUACGAAGAAGGGAGGCUAGUAGACCUGGAGACGGAGGCAAGCUGGCCAAGAACUGGGAAGGACCUUACCGGGUGAGAACUAUCAUUCGCCCGGGAACCUACCGGUUAGAAACUCUAGAUGGUGUACCGGUUGAAAGAACCUGGAAUUCCCACCAUCUUCGCAAGUUCUACAAGUGACUGUAAUACUAGGCAAGGCCUACUUCAAUUAUCAAUCAAAUCAAAGUUCGAUACUUUACAUGGUAGCAGCAUAAUUGAUAGGUCGAACCUAUCCUAGGAGGGCUUCCCGGGUGGAUCGGAUCCACUCGGAUAAGCCAACUGAGACACAGGCUCGGACCUGGCACGCUGGUUACUACACCGGUCUUGCUCAGUAUAAU